AUGGCAGACAGGUAUCGAUACGACCUCAGUAUUGUGCAGCAGCCAAUAAGAGCACGCAUGUGUGGUCUUGGUGAUAAAGACAGAAGGCAAAUAUCACCGCCACCAUUCAUCAAAUUAUUGGUUUUUGACCGUGUGACAAACCAACUGGUUAAUGCUGAUGAUGUUGAUAUAACUUCAUUUGUUCUUGUUGUGGAACUAUGGUCUGUUGAUGAGAAAGAGGACCUAAGCUUGAACCAAAAUAUCAUAAGUGAAGUAGAUUCACUUUCGACCUCUCCAGUGGUUGAAACCAAAGCUGAGCCGUCAUCAUCAUCAUCGAAAAGUGCAGACAAGCAAAUUGAUGGUGAUUUAGAUCAAGACGGACAAUUAGAGCAGCAACAGGAUGGUUCAAUUAAAAGUCAAAGAAAUUCAAGUGGUUCAGAUUCUGAUGGAAGCCUUGGUGAUAUACCAACUAGGAACUUGAUUGGAAAUCUUGUCACGAAUGCAUUCAAACUAUUUGAUGAUAACAACGAAAAGGGUAUUUGGUUUAUAUUGCAUGAUUUGUCAAUUCGUAUAGAAGGUGAAUUCAAGCUGAAGUUUUCAUUUGUUGACUUGAAAACUGAUGAGAUGAUCCAUAAGUUUAGUGAACCUUUCAAAGUUUACAGUGCCAAAAAGUUUCCAGGUGUUGUUGAUAGCAGUCAAUUGGGGAGAGUGUUUGCAAGUCAAGGUGUCAAAAUUCCAAUAAGAAGAGAUGCAAAAGAUCAUUAA